AUGGAUUUGGGCAUGGUUCAUACAACGCAUCUGGGCUACGGACAGAUUCGAAAGUUUACGAUUACAUCAUUUAAAAAGACUGGAAUUAAAGUCUAUGAUUGCCUGCUUUAUCCUCAUUACUUUGCCUUUACAAAUAGCGAUAUUUGUUGUAAAUUGCAGGUAUAUGACGUAUCGUUUGUUAUACUGAGGUAUGACGAAUCUUACAUCGCGAUCAAGUUUGACGGUCUUGAAUGGAAACCAAUACCCACAGACAAUGUCUCAUCAAGCGCUAAUGGAGACUACAAAGUAGUAGAAAGACCAGCUGAUAUGUGGUCCGAGACCCAUCAGAGAAUUCGGACAGUGAUGCAGUUUUUGUUAUGUUUCUGUUUCUCUGCACAAACAGGGUCACUAUAUUUAGUGCAAGCAUUUUGGAGUCACUUGGCCAGUCAAUGGGGAAAUGCACCGUUUGUUGGAUCUUUAGAGCUUAAAAUUUAUUUUGUCUGGGUUGUGUUGUCUGCGGUUAUACUACCUGCAUCACUCUUGAUAUCGAAAGGUUACAAUCCCACGUACUUGUCUGAGACAGUCCCCGAGUUUGUCUUCUCCAUUCAAUUAACAGUCUUAUUCAUGAUUGCGUUGCGUAAUGACAGGAAAAUGCGACGGCUAUUCGCUGUCGUACGCGAGAAUCCAACCAUACGCGAAACGAUAUUUCAACUCACGUAUUUUAUCGAAAUGAACAAAUAUCUUAUGAUCGGUAUCGCAGCGCUGUGUGUAAGCAUGAUUUUAUUAUGUCUGAACAUGUUUAUAAGGGAAUCACACUUUGCCACGAUGAUAUUCUGGCCAGAUUUGCUAAUGGCAGUAUUCAACUUUGGUGUCUUCUUACUUUGGGUGUUGAUGAUUAUGAUUGUCUAUCCGAGAUACUACAUAACUGGUUUGGUCGACAACAAUACGCUAUCAACUAGAGCGCUCAGUCGAUUAAGCACAACCGUCGAUCGAAAAACUCGACAAAAGCCUAGCGUAAGCAAUCAAGUAACUGUAAAGAAAUCUAUUGAUCGAACACAUCAGAGAUACAGCUUGAGUAGUCCUGAUUCACAAUUAAAUACGGCCACAAUUGCAUGCAGAACUAGUCGUGGCGAUCGUACAUCAGUCAAUCGAGCGACACGCUCAACUUUAACGACCGUAUUUGAACACAACUGA